UCUUAUCGCGAGAAAACAACGAAUCCCAUGCAUACCGAACAGUUCUCAGAGAUUCGGUAACUGAGUGAAUUGUAAAAAUAAAUGUGAUUUUUCGCUCAGUUUAAUCGCGUUGCGCAGCGCUAACACACGGUUAAAUUGUGGCGUGAAAAUCGAAUUUGUUGCUAUUCAAAGAGAAAGAGACCGUGCGUAUACGUAACGGCGCGUAUACGCAAUAUGCUCUUAACGCACGAGGAAUGUGUGCAAAUCUUAAAGAAUCUAUUAAAUGUUGCAAAUGAGCAACUGCAUCUGCUCGAUUUUCAAGUGGAAAGGGAUAACAGUGCCGUUGGUUAUCUGGGCGAUUAUUAUACGCUAAGUUUAAGCUACUGCACUGAGGACAACAAAAGUCCCCAACAGCAACAGCUUUUUGUGAAAGCGCUGCCAGAGAAAAGCGAUGAGCCCGAAAAAGAGGCAAUCUUUCGCAAAGAGGCGUGCCUGUAUGAUACCUUGCUGACUGACAUGCAAAGAUAUUCCAAAAUCAAAUGGAGCGCCAUAUGUUAUUUCACGCGCUCUGAUCUUUUGGUGCUUGAGAAUAUUAAGCACAUUGGCUAUUCUGCAGCUUCGGAGAGACUGCUUAACGCGGAGCAGCUGCAUCAAUUGCUGCGCUCCCUGGCUGCCUUCCAUGCGUCCAGUUUGGUCUACGAGCAGCGCAGAGACAAAAAUAUUGGCCACGAGUUUGGCGAAAGCCUUACUGAGAUAACAAUUGCACCCGAUAUAUCCUGGUACACCACGGGCCUGUCGGCCAUUCUGGCCGUGAUUAAAAGCCUGCCACAAUACCAGACGAGCCAAUAUGUUGGUGGUCUGGACGCCCAGUUGGCCGAGAUUGCCCGGAGAACUUAUGAACAGGUGGCACCCUCCAACAAAUUUAGAAACGUAGUCUGCCAUCGAGAUCUAUGGGCGGGCAACAUUUUCUUUCCUGCUGAUUCCACAAAUGCGGGCUUGCUUAUUGAUUUUCAGACCUGCCGCUAUUCACCACCAGCCGUCGAUUUGAGUUUCAGUAUCUAUUUGAAUCUAACAACCAUGGAGCGACGGCGUCUGGAGGCCAAUUGCAUUGAUUUAUAUUACAAUUGUCUGCAGCAGAACUUAGAGGACUUUGGCUUGCUGUCGUCUGAAAUAAUAUCCAAAACGGAACUGCUGCAGUCCUACGAAGAGUUCCGCCUCCUUGCGGUUGUCUACAGCGCAGCUGUUGCCACAGUUGUGAAGGUGCCACCCGCAUUCGUUACCAACGAGUUCAAAUAUGUGGAUCGCAGUGAAAUUAUAUUGGAUUAUAUGCGGGAGAACGCAGAGUUCAGAGCCUCCAUGGAAGAGUGUUGCGUGGAAGUCAUGGAAAUCGCUUCGGCUAAUUUAUAGAACUCUUUUGAACUCUCUCUACUCUUACCGGCACCGAUAAGAUUGAAUUCCCUGGUCUAUUCACCUGUGAGCUGUGAGAGCGAUAAGCUGCGAAAAAAAAACUACAGAAAACAAAACAAACAAACAACUCACCGAGCCGUAAAUACACUAAAUCAACGAAG